GCUCCUUAUAGAUCGCCACUACUACGCUAUAGCCCAUCCGCAUCCAUGGCAUCAACGCCGAACGCAUUCCAGGCGCCCCCACCCCCCACCCAACCCUCUCAUCCCAAUCCACCCGCGGGACUGGGGUAUGUUUUCUCGCAUAGCAGCGUAAUGGGGCUCUCUGUCGAUGCCGGGUUCGCUGGCUCUGUGGCCCGUUGACUAUAGGUCGGUGGUCAUCGGGGAGACUUUUCUCCCUCCCAUCCUAAUUGUUUACCUAUAUAUCCGCCGUGGAUCUCGCUCUCCCACCAGACAAGCCAUUGUUCACAGUGAACACUCGAAAAGAUGACAGCCUCUUUAGAAGAAACCGCGGUCAGCUACAAGGAGCUGGCCGAUCUCGAGGAUAACUUUUCUGAGAUUGAGAAGGGAAUCAUCCGCCAGCAUUACUUGCGCUCCAAGCCGCUCUACUCCAAGCGCGCCGAGCUGGUCGCCAAAAUCCCCAACUUUUGGCCGCUCGUCUUCAAGCAGGCGCCUAUGGACAUUGACGAGUAUAUUCAGCCUUCCGACUCGGCGCUACUGCUACACUCGCUCAGGUCGCUCUCCGUAACCCGCUUCGAACUCGACGAGGACGAGCAGAAGGGCGACCCGCGUAGUGUCGCUAUCCGUUUCGAGUUCGCCGAGAACGAGCACUUUGAGGACAAGGUGCUAGAGAAGAAGUUCUGGUGGCGCCAGAGCAAGGACGGCUUCGCCGGCCUGGUCAGCGAGCCCGUGGAGAUAGCGUGGAAGAAGAGCAAGGAUCUAACGAAUGGCCUGCUGAGCCUUGUAAAGGCGGUCUAUAACGAGCAGCAGACGAAGGUUGCGAGGAACGUGGCGUUGACCGCCCUCAAAAAGAAGAUCGAAGGCACCGACAUUAGCGGUGUCAGCUUUUUCGCCUGGUUUGGCUACGUUGGUAAGCACGUGUCCGCUGAGGAAAGCAAGAGGGUGAUUGAGGAGGAAGAGGAGCGGAGGAGGAGGGCAGCUGACGAGGAGGCUGCUGGGAAUGGGGAUGAGGACAACAAUACGGCCGAGGACUACGCAUACGCGCAAGAUGAGGACUUGGAAAUCUUCCCCGGGGGGGAUGCGAUCGCCAUGGUCAUUGUGAAUCAUUUGUGGCCCGAUGCGAUUAAGUACUAUUUCACAUCUAUAUCCGAGGGCUCGCUGAGCGACUUCGGUCUCGACUCGGGCGAGGAUGAGAAUUAGUAGAGCCCGCAAUUCCGGAGUAUGGUGACUGCGAGAUGCGUACUGAGCUACACCCAACUAAGGACUAUACCGUCUAUAUGGCAACUUAUAUCCCCAUUAAAAAUCUACGCUACAGAAUUGAUGACGCUACCAAGCACAUCUCCGCCGGAACCAAGUUAUAGUAGUGGAGUUGCUGUAGGAUCCAAUGACUCCCUCGGAUAACUAUCUGAAAGGACCUAGAAAGCGGAGCGAAUAGUUCCUUCUCGGCUUCUUCUCUAUCUAUUUGAUCAACCCUAGCCCCACAGUGCUCC